ACUCGAGAAGAGGAGCGGCGUCCGCGCCUCCUGCUCUGUCCGCGGCAAUUGGGGGGAGGCCGCGAUGGCUAGGCAGCCGCCGGCGGUGGGGGCGCUUCGACAGGCGCUGGAGGUUCACUUGCAGGGCCUGGGCAUCCAAGCGCUCAGCGUGGAACACCCCGAAGUAUUCACAGUUGAAGAAAUGAUGCCUUAUGUACAACACUUAAAAGGAGCUCACAGCAAAAAUCUUUUCCUUAAAGAUAAGAAGAAAAAAGGCUUUUGGCUGGUGACAGUUCUGCAUGAUCGACAAAUCAAUUUAAACGAUUUGGCAAAGAAGCUGGGUGUUGGAAGUGGGAACCUGCGCUUUGCUGAUGAAGCAGCCAUGUUAGACAAGCUGAAAGUUGGCCAGGGAUGUGCAACCCCCUUAGCUCUUUUCUGUGACCAGGGAAAUGUGAACUUUGUUUUGGAUGCUGGCUUUCUGGAAGGAGGUCAUGAUAGGCUUUAUUUUCACCCAAUGACCAAUGCAGCAACUAUGGGACUGCACCCAGAUGACUUUCUAAAAUUUCUGAAGUUCACAGGACAUGAGCCUAUAAUUGUGCAUUUUGAUUAAAACAGCAAAUAGCUUUGUAAC